AUGAAGCCGUUUUUUGUUUUUCUAUCAAUUUUUGUUGCUCAUGGUAAGUGUUACAGCGUUUUACAGCGUUUUAUUUGUUUUAGUUGAUGUAAAUUGAUGGCCAAGGCUCUUAAAUUUACUUUACUGUGGUUUUUUAAAUAUAAAAUUUGAUUUUCAACCUGAAAUCUAAUUGAAAUCAAUUUUUAUACUUAAAACCAAAAAAAAAUUAUCAUACUUUGCCUUGCCUUGUCUUGCCCUACCCUUGCCCUAUCCUUGCCUUGCCCUAGCCUUGCCCUAGCCUUUCGCUAGCCUUACCCUAGCCUUGCCUUGCUUUGCCUAGAUUUGGCUUAGCUUGGCUUGCUCUGCCUUGCCUUGCUUUGCCCUAGCCUUGCCCUAGCUUUGCCAUGGCCUUGCCCUAACCUUGCUCUAGCCUUGCCCUAGCCUUGCCUUGCCCUAGCCUUCCCUUGUCUUAUCCUUGCUUUGAUUUAGCACCUUCCUAGCCUUGCCCUAGCUUUAGUCCCAAGUCUAACUUUACCGCUAGCCCUGCCCUGCCCUCUUUGACCCAACCCGAACCUGCUGUACCUAAUCUACCCUUCCCAAUUCCAUCCUACACUACUCUCAAAAAUUUAUAAAAUUUAUUUUUAGUCCUGUCCCAAAGUCAAAGUUGUUCAUUUGUGGAUGAAGACAAAGGCUACUCUUUAGCAUGGAGUGCUGGAAUAGGAUUUGUAGACUUUAUACUACGCCAGAAGGAAUUCCCUUCCAGAUCAGCACAUUGGACUGGGGUUGGGUUUGGCAAUAAGGUAUGUUAUGAAUGUAUUGGGUGCUGACAUAAAAAACCCGCCAUACUUUGCCUGUAUUUUCUUGUAAAAAAUGGCGGGUUCUUUAUGUCGGCACCUAAUAUAUUACCUAAAACUCAAAAGGUUAUACCUAAAAGCCAUAUCAAUCUAAACAUAAAGCCAAUCCCAAUUCCAGACAAUCCAACUAGCCCUAGUAGAACGACAAUAUGACAAAGUAAUCGUAUCCUCAGCAGGUUUGUACGGUCCGCAACCGCCUCUCAAGAUUCCUACAGCCAAUAUGGUAACUCGAGGCAGUGGUGACAUAGUCAAUGGUGAAUUGGUAGUUACGUUUUCGAUCCCAAACUACUACUUUUCUGGAUGCUCGGAUUGGUGGGUAGGUUGAGUUUUGACAUCAUUAGUAAAAAAAUUAAAAGUAGUGUUCAAACUUAAUAUAUCGCCUAAAGAAAAAAUAGUGCACAAACUUCAAAUUUCAUAUAUCGCCUGAAGGAAAAUAGUGUACAAAUUUCAAAGUUUGUUAGGUAAGGAAAGUGAUACUGUAUGUUUUUAGUUCUUCACCUCCCCAACUCAGGUUGGUAUGCCUUAUAGUGACGAACCUAAGAAGCGGUUGAUAUGUGAUGUUAUUGAAGUUUGUCGAUCGUCUUGUAAGUUAAAAAAUUUUACAUUUUAAAAAUUUAAAUUUCAAAAAAAUUUUUUUUUAAUUUAAAUUUCAAAUAAAUUCAAAAUUUUAAAUUUUAAAAUUUAAAAUUUUUUAAAAUACAGUAUCUUUUCAGCCUCAAUUCAAGAAUUUCCUCGUGGUAAACGUCAGACCAAUAUAGAUUUGAAUAGUUUGUUAAACAACCCAAUCCACGCCAAUAUUGAUUUUUCUGGCGGGGUACAAUCCAGCACCAAUGGACAAUUUAAUGUCAAUUAUAAUCCUUAUGAUACACAGAGUAGCGGGGCUUCUGCUCAACUUUACAACCCACCAUACACUAGUGGAUACAGUAGCUCUAAAAUGUACGGUAAUAAUUACGGUAAUACUGCUAAUGGGUAUAGUAGUACUGCUAAUGGUUAUAGCAACCCUAGUAUGUACGACAAUGGCUACAGUAGCUCUUCUAUGUACGGUAAUCAAUACAGUAACUCAGCUCAAACUAGUAAUGGCUACAGUAACCCCUCAGGCAACUACUUUGACACAAGAUACCCACAAUCCAGCCAAUCUAACCUAUCCAGCCCAUCUGUCGAGAACCCGAAUUACAAGUUCUUACCAGAAGGCUACAACAACGUGUACGAACAAAACCAACAAAGAUUCUUUGAUCCACAGAAUUCACAGUACGGCAAUCAAUAUGCUACUACAACAACAAUGCCAGUCCUGAGUAAUGACGAACAGAACAAGAAGAAUUACCAAGAUAUUCAAGGUUCUGGUGUUAAUAAUCAAAAUCAACGAUAUACGAACAACAUCUAUGGCUAUGACUACAGAAGCAACCCUGGCACACGAUACACUAUUAACGGUAAUAUUGAUAUACAGUCUUCUAGUACGUCUUAGAAUGGAUUUUUUGAUUUUUUUUAAAUUAAAAAUUUUUUUUAAUUUUGAAAUCGAUUUUUUAAUUUUUUUUUAAAUUUUGUUUAAAACUUUUUUUCAAAUUUUACUUUUAAAAAUUUCGAAUUAUUAUUUCUACGCAUUUUUUGACCAAAAUGAUUAGCUUUUAAAAUUGUCAUGCUUGUGUAAAACCAAAUUAUAAGGUCUUUAAAAUAUAUGAUGAUUAAUAUCUGUGACAUUUUUUAAAAUUGUGUUAUUUUUAAAAGUAAACAGUUUUUUUUACUUUUGGAAAUCAAAAUUAAUAAAUUUAAAAAAUUUUUUUAAGUAAACUUACUCAAAAUUAGCUAUUAAAAAAAAUUUUUAAUUCAAAAAAAGACUAAAAAACCGUUUUUUACCAAAAAUUUAAUUUUUUUUCGUUUUUUAAUUCAAAACCAAAAUUUUUUUUCGUUUUUUGGUUUAAAAUUUAAAAUGUUGACUCUCAGUAUAACACUACUUUCAAUUUUAAACACUUUCAAAAUUUUUUAAUUUUAUUUUUUAAUUUUUAAAAAAGUAUUAGGUGCCGACAUAAAGAACCCGCCAUUUUUUACGGGAAACUACAGGAAAAGUAUGGCGGGUUCUUUAUGUCGGCACAUAAUAUAAAACUUAGUUUUUGUAACGGUUUACCUCAGCCUAGAGUAGACCAUGCUAUGACAUAGCCUACAUUAAUAAUUUUAACAAUUACCCCGUCCUAUAAGACCUAAUAUUUAAUUUUAAACCUUUUUUAAAAACGUUAAAUGUUUAAAUUUUUUGCUUUUAAGGUGAUGAAAGUAUGUACCAACCGCCAGAAGUGAGUACUAUCGGUUACGGAAAGAAGAAACGAGAAGCUGAUUCUCUACCCCAAACUACAAAUUCUGAUCAAAAUCCUAGCCCAAGCCAAACCUCAUCAAACCAAAACUCUAAAACCUCAGGCAAUUUAAAAGGAAUGCCAGAUCAAAAACCAACGUCCCGUGCCAGACGUCAAAGUGCUUAUGCUGGAACGGCAUACAACAAUCAGGACUUGAAGUUUCCUCGGGAAGAGAAUACUAUUCCCAUGUCGGCCCAAUUUGACGCGUUUGGAAGUAGCGCCUUCUAUGAUGACAAUUCGAACAUUAACAGCAAUAAUAAUAUGAACAGUGGCUCAAGCAUGUACUACCCAUACCGUACCGACACUAACUCUAAUUUGGGUCAAAGUGGACAAGAUGGGAAUACUGGUCCAUAUUACUAUGACCAUGUUAAUAAGCAAAGUUAUAAUGAUUAUGCUAGUACUAGCAAUGGUGAUGCUUAUGGUAGUCAGUUAUACGAUUCAAGUAGUUACAGUAGCCAAAAUGGGUACAGUAAUCAAAAUCCGUAUUCGAAUCCCUAUGGUCAAACAGCAUACGGUAGUAGUGCACAAACAGCAUACGGUAGUAGUGCCCAAACAGCAUACGGUAGUAAUGCCCAAUCUCCCUACAGUAAUACUCAACCUAUGUACGAACAAAGUUCAUAUAGUAACGCCUACGGUACUAAUACUCAAAAUAGCUACAGUAAUCCAAACUCACAACAAACCCAAUUAAAAGAACAGUACGAUACCCAAAAUGGCAUAACUUCUGUAAAAUACACUAGUACUAAUGGUGGUAAUGUACGCUUAUACGAUCCGAAAAACGACCCUACUGUAACAUUUACAGACAACAGUGGUUAUGAAACCAAGCCGAUUGAUGUUAUACGACAGUAUGAUAGUAAGUAGCAUUAUAGCUUGAAAACCUAUAUUAAAAUGAUUUUUAGCAUCGCAAUGCAGUGGCGCUGACCCGUACUGGUGCAGAGACUAUGUAAAGACGUACAUGAAAGGUGCUGGUAGUGGUACUUCUGUUACUCAGGUGGGUUACUGUACCCUUGAAACUUUAAAAAACUUUUUUAAAGCUAAAAAAGUUACUGUAGUCCGCUAAUUUUAGCUAAAAAAUACUUUUAGAGUGCAUGCACAGGCCUACGACAAUCUUUGUUACAUAGUGACCACCAUUGUUGCCAAGCCGUUCAGCAAGCCGGUUGUCAAUAA